CAAAAAUUAGGGUCAAUUUUGUUCGACCUUUUUAUCGGUUAAAACUCCCAGAAACUUCACCAUUCCAAAAUCAAACAAAACCCCCCAAUUGCACUGCAGAAAGGGCUGUGUUUUUACCUUUCGAUCCUUCUUUAUCCACUUAAAGUUUUCAUUAUUAUGGCCUCUUCUGCGCUAACACGAUUCUUUAUCAUCUUCACGUUGCUUCCCAUAAUCACACAUUCUAUCCCUUUUGUUCUCUUUCAUGGCAUUGCAGAUGGUUGCACCAAGAAAGGAAUUCUUGUUAACCAAAAAAAAAGCAUAAAAACGUUGACUUUUGCAUUAUGUGUAGAGAAAAUUGGAAAUGGGGUCAUGGAUUCUUGGUUUAUGCCCUUUGCCAAACAGACAGAGAUUGCAUGUGAAAAGGUGAAGAAUAUGAGUGAACUUAGUGAAGGUUACAACAUAGUUGGACUUUCCCAGGGUAACAUGGUGGGGCGAGGAGUUCUUGAAUUUUGUGAUGGAGCACCUCCGGUGAAGAACUACAUAUCAUUAGCAGGUCCUCAUGCAGGGGAAGCAGCUAUCCCAUUAUGUGGUUCGAGUUUCAUAUGCAUUCUUGUUGAUGAUUUGAUGGAGUUAGCAGUUUAUAGUGAUGUUGUACAGGAACACUUGGCUCCAUCAAAUUACAUGAGGGUUCCCACUGAUCUUGAUGCAUAUAAAGAAGGGUGUAAAUUUCUCCCGAAGCUAAAUAACGAGUUUGAAAAAAAUGCUACAUACAAAGAAAGAUUCAGCAGCUUGCAAAAUUUGGUGCUUAUAAUGGGUGAUAAAGAUUCAGUUUUGGUACCCAAAGAAACCUCUUGGUUUGGGUACUUCCCUGAUGGAGCUUAUGAACCUAUACUUCCAGCACAAAAGACGAGAUUAUAUAUUGAAGACUGGAUUGGGUUGAGGACAUUGGAUGAGGCUGGGAGGGUCAAAUUCGUAAAUGUGACUGGAGGACAUCUUGAAAUAACUGAUGAUGAUAUGAAGAGAUACAUUGUUCCAUAUUUAGUAGAUGAAGAAGCAGAAGCUCCCCAGAAUCCGAUUCUAUCAAAAUCGGAUUCUGAUGCCACGAGUUUUCUUAGCAGAAAACUUUGUGGACAACAAGACCUUCAAUUAAACAUUAACAUUUUACAUCGUUUGUGAUACAAUUUCAAUGUUUAUGAAUUAUUUUUGACAUGAAUAUGUCUAUAUUUCAAUAUACUAUGCAAAGUCGAAAAAAGAUGCACUAAUAUUUAGCAUUAGAAAGACAUGUAACUUAGAUCAUGAAAACUGUUAGAUAGUUAUGGAUGGUUACAAAAUGGGUGUGAUUGAGUUUUAUGUUUCUUUCCAAAUUUUGUAUAUGGAGGAUAGAUAAUUGUUAUUAUAAUGU